AUGGAGGAAAGAAUGAAACUAUUGUUUUUAAUUAAAAUUGCAACUUUUAUUCUUUUAUCUUGUAAAAGCAACUUUACAAGUGAUCUGAGUAAGUUUAAAAAAUAUAUAGAUGAAAACUGUAACGUAAUUAGAAAAUUAGAUGUAAGAACUUAUAGAUUACUGACAAAUUAUAAGCAGGAUAAGAAUUCGUGUAACAAGGUAUUAAAAGAAACGACACUAUAUAAUGUAGAAAACGAGAAAAAAUAUAUAUACAACAAUGAGAAAGGAGACAAAGGAAAAAAUAGAAAAUCGUAUGGAUGUUCACUCAGUAAUGAGGGAAAUCAUAAACUAGAUAUGAAAAAUAAAUUUUGUAUUUUUGAAACAAAAAAGUAUUCCUAUUUAGAAAAAAAAAUAUUCAAAGAACUUGAUUAUGAGAAUUUUCUUAAAAACAACCAUAUAAUUAGUGAUAAGUUGUACAAAAGAAUAAUACUUAAAAAAUAUGGUUUACAAAUUGCCAUUCCUUUAUUAUUGUUUUUGAUAUUAUCAAUAUCACUGAUAUUAGAUUUAUUUGUGGGUUAUGGCCUUGUAAAUAUGUUGAAGAAUAUAUUAAAAAAUCUUGUUGGUGUAGAUUAUUACAAUACAAUAGCACAAAAUUUUUAUAAUGCUGUAGGCCCUUUGGCGAAUUUUUUCAAGGCUUUUUUUGUAAUAUAUAUAGCAGAUGAGAGCAGAACUGUAAAAAAAUUACAUACAGCGAGUGGUUUAUUUGGUAUUCUAAUAUAUUUCUUACCUUUCGUUAUAUUAGGUGUCACAAUUAUAUCAGGAAUUAUUUAUUAUCACAAAAAAGUUAAAAAAUUUGAAAAAAUUAAAUUCAGGAAGAGAUAA